GAAAGUGAACGAAAGGAUUGAGUGAACAGUGAAUGCAUUGAAUGCCUAUCUCUUCAUCUAUGCCUACCUUUCAGUGGUUUUAGACCACAGAUGACUGAAUCUUCACACUUGUGUCACACCGGAUGUCGUAAUGGGUUUGUUCAUUGUGGUCAAUGCAUGCCAACUGUGAAGUGCAGUGAGAGUAUCAAGCACAACUUCACUACCCAUAUAUUUAUCAAUUAGAAAUUCUAAUGCGAGUACUGUUUAGUGUCUGAAGACCAGACAAGUGAUACAUAAAUGGCAGACAAUGUGUUGAUUGGGAUCAUUGAAAGCGAACUACAAAUUGAAGACCAAAUGAGUGAUAGUUCUUCGUAUCGGACCAACAAAAUAGGCGGUUAUCCAGUGUUGAGCUGUGAAAGCAAUAGUGGAACCAUUGGUCACUUCAAUUCAUUGGUCUGUGAUUUGUGUUCAAAGACAUUGACUUUUGUAUCGCAGAUCUAUUGCCCCAUCGAUGACACACUCACCGAUCGUGUCAUCUAUUUGUUUGUCUGUAUUAAUACUGAUUGCAGUCAUAAUAAAUGGUUUGCA